CUACGCAGAGCUCAUUCAAUUCCUUGACGACAAAAGCCUGUCGUUGGUGAUGAGAGACGCGGCAGAUGACGGCAGAGGAGCCUUGAAAAUAUUACGAGAUCACUAUGCCAGCAAGGCACAGCUUCAUGUUGUAGCUCUGACACAACAAGCCCGAUGUCUGUGGCCAAUGCGAAACACACUGUGCUGAAUCCGGUGAUCCCAUACACAGGGCCCAUACCUGGGGGCCUGCACCCCGGGGAGAUCAUCAUCAUCCAGGGCACUGUGCCCCCUGAUGCGGACAGGUUUCAGAUCGACUUGUCGAGCGGCUGCAGCACCAAGCCGUGCUCCGACGUCGCCCUCCACUUCAGCCCUCGCUUUAAAGGCUCGCCCCGUGUGGUCUGUAACUCCCUGAAGCAGGAGAGCUGGGGCAAAGAAGAAACACUCCAUCAGCUGCCCUACAAACGCGGAGCCCCCUUUGAAACCAUCAUCCUGGUGCACGAAGAUGUCUUUAAGGUGGCAGUAAAUGGAGCUCACCUGUUGGAAUACGAGCACAAAAUCUCACUAAACAGGGUCGACACAUUCUCUAUUUCUGGAAAUGUCAGAGUUCAUGCUAUUGGCUACAUCCCAAACUCAGCAAUAUAUUCAGAAUCAGGUGACUUGAGCCUACCUUAUAAAGGCAGUAUACUCAAAGGACUGAGUCCAGGGCAGCACAUCACGAUCAAAGGACAGGUCAGCAUGUAUCCUCACAGUUUUACGGUGAACCUCCGCACCAGCAGGACAGAAAACAUCGCCCUCCACCUAAACCCUCGCAUGAAGUCAGGCAUGUUUAUCAGGAACUCAUACCUGAGUGAAUCCUGGGGUCAGGAGGAACGGGAGCUAUCUUUCUUUCCUUUCUCCUCAGGAGAUUACUUUGAGAUCCUCAUCCUCUGUCAGCCUCAUCAGUUCAAAGUGGCGGUGAAUGGCUCUCACUUGUUUGACUUCAGACAUCGGGUGCAGGACCUGAGCAGCAUUGACCAGCUGGAGAUCAUGGGAGACCUGGAGCUCACAGAUGUGAAGCUGUGGUGAUUUGAAACUGCAGACCUACAAACAAGACAGCGUUAACAGACACUUCAGUGUUCUGGUUGUCACUGCUAAAUUAGCUUAACCGCGAUAACCCAAACAGUGGAUGCUGAAAACGGCAAACCCUGUGUGACCUCAGGACAGGGAAGUCUUGCAGCAACCAUAGAUCUCUGAUUGGAAAAUGGUCAGGGGCCAUGAACAGAGGGUAUACAAUGAAGUAAGUUCAACUUACCCAGGGUUUCUUUGCGUAAGCUGACACCUAAAGAUAUUUGGUAUCACAAAGGGGUUAGGAAUUUCUCUGUUAACUCAGGCACUCUGCUUCAGGCUCUGUGUUUGCGCACAUAAAGGGUGCUGUUUAAUCCGUCUUUUUAAAGCUGAUUCAUCACAGAAAGGAAUGAUCAUUGGCUGUCUGCGUCUGUACGACGCCACGAGGCUAUUAAAAACAAGACUAAUGCUGUAAUACAAUUUUAUUAAACAUUUUCCAGUGUCUUUCAAAGCAGUGCAGUAGGUCUUCUUGAGACAGUUGUCUCAAAAUCUCUGUCAUUCUUUUCUUUACUUCUGACAGACUCAAAACAUUUUCCUUUGAGCACAGAUUUGACCUGAGGAAAAAGUCACAUGGUGCUAGAUCAGGUGAAUAGGGAGGGUGAUCAAGCACUGUGAUUUGUUUUUGAGCUAGAAACCACUUUACAGAGAGUGCCGUGUGAGCUGGCACAUUGUCUUGAUGAAGAAGAAACCAUCUCUCUACAGUUGUGGUCUCUUUCUUCAGACUUUUUCUAGCAGGUUUUCUAGAACCUGUUCCAAUUCCCUGUUGACCCUUCUGGAACCGACCCCUCCAAAUUUAUACCCUUAAUGUAAAAAAAAACUCCAAACAAACAAAAAACUCUAGGAACUACACGGUGCCAGAUCCAUCUGGCCUGUUCGAUGGCCACGUCUGGCCCAUGUAUUUGAAACACAAGAACAUGCUUUCUUCAUCCUUGUUGACAAGGUAUUUUCCAAUGCAUAGAUUGAUGCUUUGGCUAAGGAUUGUAUGGGAAGAUCCAAGUUUCAUCAGAUGUAAUCACUCCUAAAAAAUUUGGGGUUCUUUCAGUUUGUUCUAAAACGUGUCCACUAAUUUGGUUGCAUUUUACCUUUUGAUCAGGAGUCAGAAGUGUUGGGACAACUUUGGCACACACUUGUCACGUUCAAAUUUUUUGAUGUGCAUUGGCACCCAAAACAUUCAUGGUCUUGGACAUCCUCUCUUCCUUCACAAAUUAUUUUGUUCCGUUCAAACACAUGCGCAUGUGACAUGCAGUGCUGCCCAUACACCUCAGUUAGUGUACAAAAGAUUUGGCUGUUUGUUCAAUUUCACAAAAGUCAUGCAAAAUGCAUUACUCUACUUUUAAGUGGAUCAUUUUCCGUCACCUUAGCAUAAACGGUUCCAUCAGUGGCUGGCAGUGAACUAAGGACGUCACUUGUUGGAAAAUUACAGCAGUUGUGUGUGAAUACCGGACCUUUUAUAUAUUUAACGCUCGGUGUGACUGUGAACCAUUCUCACAAGUGCAGUCUCGUUAUUUAAUAGCCAUACCUCGUAUGAUGCCAUCAAAAAACAUUCCCAGGCACUUUCAGCCAAUUAAAGCUGUGUUUGUAAACAUAACCUGGUACUGAGUUUAGAUGUAGUUGCCAGAUUAACAGAGAGCCAGCUUCCAACUCACACCUGUACUUCCCCUCUAAUCUUGCUUCAUGGUAAAGCCCUCUGGUCUGAUGUGAGUGUUUGUGGUCUAUGCCAUCAGGCACGAUGACUGGUGCAUGAGAGCUGGUCUUACAUCUGUGACCAUCUCUGGUGCAUGAGAGCUAGCUGCCCUGGAGCGUCAGGGUGGGAGCUGCCAUGACUGUUUACGGCUACAGGUUAGGUUUGCUUUAGUUUAUUUCUUUAACCGACUAUAGUGCAUCUCUGCUAUGAUACUCCCCUGUAAAAAAAAAAAACUGGAAAUUUCUGUAAAUAUGAAAGAAAACUGUUUAAAUGCCUAAAUUUGUUUGUCCAGGAUAACAGACAAUGAAUGAUACAGAAGAGCUCCACUCUGUUGGAGGACAAAGGCCCAUUAAAAGAUUUCUUGUUGCAGAGAAAAUCUAAAAUGCUUCAAAGCUGCAGGAAAGGUCUACCAAUGGCAUGCCCUCAUUUCUUUGUUUCAGUCUUUGCUCUUUGACUCUCCUUUUAGCGUCAUAAUCCUCAGGAUUCUUGAUGACAUCAGUGUGCCCGAUGCACUCGACAUUUAAAUCCAUUUAACAAGUUUCAGAGCAACAGAACAUAAGCACAGUGCAGUACAGGGUCAGUUCAGUGUUACUAUUCAGAAACCGAAUAUUUUUUAUGCAAGUCUUAGACCAUUGUAGAGUCCUGCAUCUGUGACCAUCUUCUGUUUAGCUAACCUCUCAGUCUUUGUUGCAAAGAUCAACUCUUGCAAAUGUAAAGGAAAACAAUCAAGACACCUGUUUUCUUUGCAAUAUCUGUUGUAAUUGUUGUAAAAUAUGUAUGAACAAUGUUCCCUAUGUAUCAUAAACGA